AUGGAGGGUAACUGCAGCGGGCCGCAGCUGCAGCUGCUGCAGGAGCAACAGCGGCUGCUGCAGCACAGGCAGCAAAAAGAGCAGUUGACGGGGCUUGUAGGCGCAGCACCAGAAGCGCAUCCAGCUGAAGCUUCACUGCCGUUGCUGGAGGGGGGGCCGCUAGCUGCUGAUGCCCCACACGCCUCUGAUGCUGGUGCUGCUGUCGCUGCUGCUGCGCUGACUUCCCCUGGCCUGACCAGCAGCAGCAGCAGCAGCAGCAGCAGCAUUCACUGCACAAUGCCUAUUGCUGUUCCAGAACUGCGAAAUAGACGCAGCAGCGGCCACUUCUUCCGCACCCCGGGCCCCCAGGUGUCGCCGCCGCAGCCGCAGCCGCAGCACCUGCAGCUGCAGCAGCAGGUGCAGCAGCACUUGCUGUCUCUGAGCCCUCCAUUCAAAAGCAUUGCCUGUAUCUCUACAGCUCACACAACACCCGUUGAGCUCUUCGCCCCAGAGGCACCCCUGAAGGUCUGGACAGAUACAGCAGCAGCAGCAACAGCAGCAGCAGCUGCUGCUGCUAUUGCCCCAGACUCUCCAUCACCAGCUGCUGCUGCUCCUGCAGAGGAGCAGCAGCAGCAACAACGGCGCAGCCUUCUGCAUGUGCAUCGUGAAGCUGAAGCUGCUACUGCAAAGGCAGCAGCAGAAGCAGCAGCAGCUGCUGCAGCUGCUGCGGCCGGAGACGACAAGUUGUAUACGCACAACGCUAGAUCCAUUACUGCCCGCGGUAGCUUCCCUAGGCAACCGAUGCUGCAAGGUGAACAGGCGCAGCAAAAACAGCAGCAGCAGCAGCAGCAGCAGCAGCAGCAGCAACAGCAGCAACAGGUUUUGCGGAGGGCGCCUAAGGAGCCCCAGCUGCAGCCGCAUCCGCCACGAAGGGUUUCUCCCGCUAUAAGUGUGGGCGGCCCUUGCUCUCUUCCUCUCAGCAGCAGCAGCAGCAGCAGCAGCAGAUGCGGGAGCUCUGGUGCGUUUGCUUUGCCUCAGCUGAGGCCCGGCAAGGAGUGGCAGCAGCAGCCGACACAGCAGCAGCAGCAGCAGCAGCAGCAGCACCGGACGGAAGGUCUCAGCAGCAGAAGCAGCAGCACAAGCAUCCGCCCGUUGGUUUCCUCCCCAGCAUCAGAGGCGGCGCAUGCAGUAGCAGCAGCAGCCCGUGCUGCUGCUGCUGCUGCUGCUGCUCGCUUCUCUGACAGUACUGCUGCAGAUGCAGCAGCUGCUGCAGAGGCUGCGAAGGAUUUCAAGAGACGCCCGAAGGGGCACCGUGACCAGCAGCAUCAGAAGCACCAGCAGCAACAGCAGCAGCAGCAGAAGCAGCAGCAGCAACAGCUGCAGCAGCAGCAGGACGCCCGCUGUUUGAGACAGUCGAAGCAACAAGCUGCGGAUACACCACGCUCGCCUCCCCAGCUCCGGCAGCACUUGCAGCAGGACUUGAAGCAGCAGCAGCAGCAGCAGCAGCAGCAGCAGCCGCGGAAGCAUCAGCAGCAACACCAGCAGCAGGGCAGGGUGCAGCGCGAGCAGCAACUCCUUGAGAGCUUGCUGAGGAAGCACGUGGGGAGGGGGCUGACGGACAGCCGAGUGUCUCGUGUGCUGCAGCAGCAGCAGCAACAGCAGCAGCAGCUGCUGCUGCCCUUACCUUCUCUGAGGCAGAAGCUGAAAUGGACUGCAGCAGCAGAUGCCCCUGCUGCUGCUACAAAAGCAGCCAAUGAAGAGGAACUGCAGCUACUGCUGCAUCUGCUGCAGCAGCAGCUGCUGCCAGAAGAAGCAGCUGCAGCAGCAACCGCAGUUGAUUUCUCUCGUAUUGGCGACAAGGACAGGCAAGCGCCAAACCCUAAACCCUAA